CCGGUUUGUGCUACGGAUGUGUGAUGCAACGAGCUGUAAAGAUAUUUUCCUAACUCCUCAAAACAAGUUACUAUCUUCAGCAAGAAAACUAAGUGUUUAGCCACAAUUUGUACAAACGACUUUCUUUUCUUUUCGCUGAUGUGUAUUUGGUUUCAGUCUUCUUCGCUUGCUAAAGUUAGCAUCUCCGUAACGUGCUAGCAGCCGAUGGGGUUUGUCUGAUUUCACUCCUCUUUUGAAGGAUUAUUCGCUUCAAGUUCUCUCUCUCGUCUUCUCACAUUCGUAAGCCACAGAUCCCAAACAUUGGGCCUCCCCAUGUGCCUCUUUUGAAGCUCUGGGUGCCGGCGGAGUUUCCCCCACCUGUCCCUCCUUGUUUUCGGAUCCAUUUUUAAAUGGCAACCGCUGCCCCCCCUCCAGCCCCUGGCUCUACUGCGGCCACUGAAAACCCCAGUCCCGGAUCCAGCAGCUCGACUGCGGCCGAUAGCGGCAACCAGGACAGUACCUUCGAGUGUAACAUAUGUUUGGACACCGCCAAGGAUGCAGUGAUCAGCCUGUGUGGACACCUCUUCUGUUGGCCUUGUUUGCAUCAGUGGUUGGAGACCAGACCCAACAGACAAGUAUGUCCAGUGUGUAAAGCUGGCAUUAGUCGAGACAAAGUUAUCCCCUUAUAUGGGCGGGGAAGCACAGGUCAACAGGACCCCAGAGAAAGAACACCCCCUCGACCACAAGGGCAAAGGCCUGAACCAGAAAACCGUGGCGGAUUUCAAGGAUUUGGCUUUGGAGAUGGGGGUUUCCAAAUGUCAUUUGGAAUUGGUGCCUUUCCAUUUGGCAUUUUUGCUACAGCUUUUAACAUCAACGAUGGAAGACCUCCACCAGCAGCCCCUGGGACGCCACAGCACAUGGAUGAACAGUUUCUGUCUCGACUCUUCCUUUUUGUCGCUCUGGUGAUAAUGUUUUGGCUGCUGAUUGCAUAAAUGUAUUGAAAGACAACAACUUGGGUUAAGCCAAAAGAUUCAGCAAAGAUGAGACACUGACACACAAUGUGUUUGUGACAAUGUGAUUCUGCCUCCAUACAUGUUUUGGUUUCUUGUUUUUUUUUUUGUUUGUUAUUUUUACCAAGCUAUGUGAGAUUUGAAUGAAGCAGGUUUGAUAUAAAAUAAAGAUGUAAUGUAAGAAAAGUAGCUUUAACCUAACACUUAACCUUGGUUUCCAUUGUCAUUAGGCCUUUGUCACACAAGAUAUUUUGACUUGUCUUAGUAGCAAAAGUACAGGACUAAUAAUAUUACUGACUCUGUUGUAUAAACCAAUUAUUUAAGUUAAUUUUAUGAUCUACACCUGUGUUUUUCCUACUGUGACAUGUCAAAUGCCGAAAUGAAACAGGCAUCUUUAAAUUGUUGCAAAGAAUCCUACUGAGUUACACACUGAAUACGAGCAUGUGCUUCCUGCAUGUUGUCUCUCUGUUCACUAAUGUACUGACAAUGUUGCUCUUUGUUUUUAUCUAGCUCUAUCUGAGCUUACAAAUUUCGCAACUCAUCAAAAUUCACCAAAAUUGUUCACAUGCUUUGUGGAAUCAAAACAAUGUCAGACAUUGUCUCUUUAUUUUAAAAAUAUUUUUAAAAGAACUGUAUUGAUGCAUAUUGUAUAAGCAGCUGAAAGAUUAAUUUAUGAAACAGUGUUCCUCUCCAAAUUGCAACAUCUUAUUUUGCUCAGUUUAUCAUAUGUCACUGUACUUAAAUGUAAAAUACUGUAUUACAGAGUUAAAAUGGAGAUUGGUUGAUUAACAUGAAACCAUUUCUCUUAAUGUGAAUUCACUCUAUUGAUGGUAAAGUUAUGUAAGUAAAGAAGUUAAUCAUCAUCUGUUUGUUUUCCUAUAAAACUGUAAAUCUAUUAGGGCUUCAUUCUCGCAUAGGCCUUAUUUGUCCAAUUAAUAUGCAAAUAAAGACACACCAAACCAAAGUGGUGUGAAAAAUUUAAAUGACUUGCACAAUACUGAGAUCUGUUGAGAAAUAGUUUUGUUGUUUUUGAUUCUUAAUUAUUUCACAUGAAAAAAGGAUGUACUUCAACCACUUUGUGCUGUAAAAAAAAAAGAAAAGAAAAGAAAAAUAGAUAUUUUGGCCAUUUUAUGGAAGAGAUUUAUAGAAAAGAGA